AUGGAGCUCGUGGUUUGGCGGGCUGUUAUCAACUUGGUCAUGACGGUGCCCCAUGCCCAUUCCCCAUACUGUGGCUGCGUGAAUCCGUUCGGAUUCGACCCCGUCAGACAAUUGCUUCGAAAUGCGUGGUAUCCGGCCACGACAACAAACCCUGCGACCUGUGCAACCUUCAACGUUUUGGAGACAUUUCGCUUCCUGCGCUCCAUCGCAAACAUCAAUGUCCAAGACUAUGUGCGCACGUUGGAGAAGUUGACGGAUUCAACCGGACUGGAAAAGGUCCCAGAUCGUCGCGUUGCUUUCGGUCGAAUGGCUCGACAAUACAGCUAUCUUAAAAUGAUGAAGCGUGGAGGUCGCGGGCAUGAAGCCAAUGGAAUUGUAACUACGCCGCCAGGGGCGUUGGCUGUGCGUUGCUGGGCAUGCCCAGAUGCUUCUCGUAACUUGCCUUCCGGAUGGGACAAGGUUCCGGAGUCGAAGGCAUACUUGUAUAAGCUCAUGUUGGCAUUCGAUGCCAAUUUCCGCCUGAAGAACAAGCUUCGUGCUGGAGAACGCAUGGAUCCGGCGUUGACCGAUGGCUUGGGAUACUUCGUACGAUCUGGACCAUAUAAAGAACAUAUCAAAACGCUCGUUGACGAAAAAGAUGUCAGUGCGCUCUAG